AUGGGAGUCGUAGUGAUCGAUGGAUCGACCGUACGGUCGUUUGUGGAGGACGAGGAGCAAUUCAAGAAGACUGUAGACGAGCAGUUCAAGGCUCUGGAUUCCAACGACGACGGCGUUUUAUCGAGAUCGGAGCUGCGGAAGGCGUUGGAAUCGAUGAGACUGCUGGAUUCGCACUUCGGCGUCGAGGUGGUGACACCUCAGGAGGAGCUGACGAAGCUCUACGACUCGAUCUUCGAGAAGUUCGAUACGGAUCAGAGCGGUUCCGUGGAUCUGGAGGAGUUUAGGUCGGAGAUGAAGAAGAUCGUGCUGGCGAUCGCCGACGGGCUCGGGUUUUGCCCGAUAAGGAUGGUUUUAGAUGACGACGAAGAUAAUAUUCUGAAGAAAGCGGCGGAUCUGGAAGCUUCUAAGCUCGGGAAGGUUUAG